AAACCAUGCAUUUAUUCUUGUACAAGUUUUUUAUAUACAAAGCAGAACUAAACUUGAGAUCAAAGCAAUCACAUUUUUUUAUUCUCAUUUUUCCAGUACAACCAACCCAAUAUCUUAUUUUAUAAUCUCAUUCUCUAUUUAGAUUUUUAGGUACUCAUGCACCAAAAAAGUGAAGGAGAAUUUAAUUCCUUCCCACACUUCAACAAGUAGUUGCAUGAGGGGAGCAUUAUUCAUCUUUAUAGAAAAGACAAGUUUUCCUUUUCUCUAUCAUCACUUUUAUUAAUUAUUACUACUUUUGUUUAAAUCCCUCUCUUAACUCAACCGUUCUCUCUGUCCCUUCUCUUUUAGUUUCUGUUCGAUUUGUUUUAUAUAGCAAUAGCAAAAGAAGAAGAAACAAAGAAAAGAUAUCUCUAUAAAUGGAAUGAUUGAGGAAAAAAGGAAAUGACUCAGUGCAGUGACCCUCAAAACAAUGUGGUCAUCACAGUGGAUGGAAGAAAGGACAGCUUAAUUAGAACUUGUCUCACAUGUGGUCAUCAUAUCAAAGGCCAAGAUCAGGGUGGUGGAAUUAAUGACUUACCUGGAUUGCCAGCUGGAGUGAAGUUUGAUCCUACAGAUCAAGAGAUUCUUGAACAUUUGGAAGCAAAGGCAAAGUCAGAUAUUCAUAAGCUUCACCCUCUAAUUGAUGAGUUCAUCCCUACUCUUGAAGGAGAAAAUGGAAUCUGCUAUACUCAUCCAGAGAAACUGCCAGGAGUAAGCAAAGAUGGACUGAUCCGCCAUUUCUUUCACCGGCCAUCCAAGGCAUACACAACAGGAACUAGAAAAAGAAGAAAGGUACAUUCCGAUCACGAGGAUGGAAGCGAAACCCGUUGGCACAAAACAGGUAAAACUAGACCAGUCUACAACAAUUCCAAGUUAAAAGGUUACAAAAAAAUUCUUGUACUUUACACAAACUAUGGAAAACAAAGAAAGCCAGAGAAAACAAAUUGGGUGAUGCAUCAGUAUCAUCUUGGGAGUGAUGAAGAAGAGAAAGAAGGAGUGUUAGUUGUGUCCAAAGUUUUCUAUCAAACUCAACCAAGACAGUGUGGUGGUAAUUCAUUGAUUAUGAAAGACUCUAUUCUUGGAAAAACUAUGAAGGGUCAAAGUGGGAAUGAGGUAAUGAAUGGUAAAAAUAGUACUAAUGGAUCAUUUGUUGAAUAUUAUCAUUCAAAUUUCAUAUCAUUUGAUCAAGGGAACCAACAUAGGUCUAGCAAUGCUCAAGUAAUUUCACAUUUUCAAGGUGCUCCUUUUAACCCUUGAUUCAAGUGGUGGACAAGCUAUAGAGGAGGAUAUAUAAUUAUUAAGAGGCCAAGAAUUGAAAAGGUUAUGAACAAAGUAUAUAUUAAUACUGAGGCAGCAUUACAUAUAUAUAUAUUGCAAAAAUAAUCAAAAUAAGUUAAUAACCUAUAUACUCUAGUUAGGAGGGAAAAUGGUUGGCAAGUAAGAGAGAUUUUGUUGAAGACUGAAGUGAGAGGAACACUUUUAUUUGUAACAUUAUUCCCAUCUAAAAUACUUUAGUAGUGUCAAAGGCAUCAUAUUUGUGCCCAUGCUUGGUAAAGACUAACAUAUUAAAUAGUCAAAAACAUAAGUUUACCAUAAACAAUCU